AUGCACAACGCCUGGAAGGUUAACAGCAAGCUCCAGCCUUCGGACAACGGCGUCCUCGAGCACGAGAGCAUCUGCAAAGCCUUGGAGUUGGCGAUUGAGUACGACCAGCUCAACAUCGGGGAGCUUGCCGCUAUGGAGUUGCUUUGCCGCCGCUUGCAGAUGAUCCAAUAUCGGUGGAAGGACCGGGUGCUUGGAUCUUACUCGAGUGGGACGGUUGACGACGAGUCCCACUUCUUCCUCGGCGUCGACCCCACCCGAGGCAACCUUUGCAUCUGCCCUGCGCUUAAUACCUGGCUGGGAGAGGAGCUUCAUAAGGAGGCCCAGGCGAACAAGGAGCAGCGAAAGGCCCGGGAGGAACGGCUCAUCGGAUCGAAGCUCCACGGCGCGCCCUUGCCGUUGUGCUUCAUUUUAAAAAACGUCGGGCAGCGUGAUCUUCUCCCGUUGCGGCUGCCCACGGUGGAGAAUGGCAUCCAGGGGGUCCAGACCUUGAAUCACCUUUAUGGUCAAGACGAGGUUCGGAGUUUUGCCCCAGUGGGACCUCAGGCUUCUUCUUUGGAUGGCAUGGCGCACAAGUACAGACGCGUCGGCCCUCCUCCGCAGUCUCGUCCCGAAGAAGCCCUUCAGGCGCUUCUCGGCUCGAUGUCUGUCUACUCUUUGGACAACAUCGAGUGCAAUGUUGCCAGUUUCGACGAGGCGCUCGUCUCGUGGCCGGAGCCGGGGAGCCGUCCGGUUCGGAUUGCUGAUCACCUGGCUUCGGAUUCAGGAAACCUGUUGUCACUGGCGGGCGCAUCUGAGCUACUUGCCGAGGCUGAUGCUCUGAGUGGAAAGUUUGAACAUACUGUAGGUGUUUUCUUCGUUCGCAAAAAGAGUGGCAAGCUCCGGCUGAUCUUGGACACCCGGAAGGUUGCCGAGGGGGACGUUCUUUACACCGCGGCGGGUGACGUUGCCGAUGCCUUCCAUAGGAUGGAGCUGCCCAGCUGUGGCCCUGAAGACUUCGUCACACCCGAGUAUUGCACGCUGCCUAUGGGCCGGACCGACCGCAUUGAGGAUCGGACUUGGACCGGGCAGGUGAGGGCCGGGCGGACCAUUCAUGCUCAGUAUGUGGACAAUUUCUUCGUCAGUGGCAUUGACUCGGGGGUUGUGCAACAAUCUUUUGAUCGGAUGAAAUGCAUCUUGGAGGACUGGGGCUUUAGCAUCCACGAGGUUACCGAGGCCCAGCCUGUUGUCCACGGCCUGGGCUUGGUGAUUGACGGCGAGUCUCGAAGCGUUUCUUUGACCCCGGCCAGGAUCUGGAAACUACGAUUGGCUGCACUGGCGCUGUCGCGCAGGCGGGUGCCCCCUCCUGCCAAAGUCAUUGAGAAGGUCGUUGGUCACUUCACUUUUGCAAUGAUGGUCAGAAGGGAGUGCCUUUCGGUGUUCAGCGCAGUGUACAAGUACAUCCGGUUCAAGGGCCAUUCCGAUCCUUCAUGCAGGCCUCAGCAAGCUCACGGCCUUUUGUGGCGUGCCGCUCAGCAAGAACUGGUUCAGGCCUCGUCCAUCCUUCCAUUGAUGUGCACUUCACUUGAUCUACCGUGGAGUCCUGUUGUGACUGCAACUGAUGCCAGCGAGAUAGGUUAUGGAGUUUGUCAACGGCACCUCGGCUGUGAUCAAGUUGCACAGGUUGGGCGAUCGUGUGAGCGGUGGCGCUACGCCGUUGAAGGGGCCAUAAAAGCUCGUUCGAAUGCCCUGGGUACAGGCGACGACCAUGCCGACGAUCAAGCACAAUAUGAGUGCGCCCGCAUCCGGGACUCUGAGUUCAAAGAGGUCGGUGCCUCUGUCCUUGUCGUGCUAUGCUCUCUGGGGCUCGGCACCUUCUCCGCUCUCAAAGGCAUGCUGGGCGGCAUCAUCUACUGUUGGUUGAUAACCUUGCCCUGGCACUUUCUUUCUUGUACUAAAGGUGGAUUCCCUCUGAGCGCAAUUGUGCUGAUCGUCCCUCUCGAGAACCCUGGCUCAAAAGAUCCGCUUCGGCGCGCGAGGAUGGUCCCCGCGACGAGCUGCAAGCGCCCUCGUGUCACGGCACCCAGUGCAGCAGCCACAGAGCAGACCCUCCUGGGCGCGCCUUCACUGCUGGAACUCAACAAAGUGCGAAGGUUGGCAACGCAGGAGCGCUACCACACCACCGUAGAGACCUUCCUGUUUUGGUGUCGGGGCCACUUCAGCAUGACCCAAAGCUUCGACUACCUCCUCACGGCUUACCUGAACGAGUUGUACGCCCAAGGCGAGGAUGUGUCCGCCGCGGAGUACGCUUUCGCCGCCUUUCGGUACCGGUUUCCGGACUACGGGAAGCACGGCUCAAAGAUGCUCCCUCGGGCCAUACAAGCUCUAGAGGGUUACAGGAACUUGGCUCCCCCACAGAUGAGACUGCCAACUCCACGUGUUGCGUUCACCGCAAUCCUGGGUUGCCUCCUCGUGCGCUGCAAGCCGGACAUGGCCCUGGGUCUCCUUCUUCAGUGGGAUCUUCUUCUACGCCCGGGGGAGCUCACCAGUCUACGUCCUCACCAGGUGGUGCCGCCUGCUCCGCUGGCAGCUCUACCAAAAUGGGGUGUCGUGCUGGCACCUUCGGAAAGCGGAUCCCGCGACCCCAGCAAGACAAACGUGUUCGACGAGAGCAUCCUCCUCAGCGACCGUGUGCAGUUCCUUCUCCCGGCCUUGGCUGCUCUAGUCGAACGCCACCGCCGCCAGCAAGCCCUCUUCGGGUUCACCUGUGCUCAGCUCAACGCAGAGUUCAAGAGCGCAGCCGCAGCUUUGAAGUUGGACGAGCUGGGCGCUACCCUUUACGGCAAUCGGCACGGGGGUGCAAGCGAGCUUCGCUUGCGCGGCACCCCGCUCAAAGAGAUCAAAGCUCGCGGCAGGUGGGUCGCCGACUCCAGUGUGAAGCGCUACGAGAAAGCUACUGUGGCACAGCUCCAGGUGCACAAGGUGCUGCCAACUAUACAACUUUACGGCAACUUCGUGGAACACCAGCUGCUCAAGUGCUCUGCCCUCCUGAAGGACGCCGUGGCGACUCAAAACCCGGCAGCUGUGAAUCUGCUGCGCCAGCUCUUCCUGCCGCUGCCGAGCGUGUGA